UCUGGCCAAAGGUACAGACGACUCCACAUAACUUAUUAGCCAGUUUUCAAACAAAGGAACUAUCAAAGUUCAAAGCUCAAAAAGUAUGUUUAUUAUCAAAGUACACAUGUCAUCGUAUAUUAUUGUGAGAUUCAUUUUUUGCAGGCAUUCACAGUAGAACAGAAUGAAUGAAAAAAAUACAAAGACUGAACAAGGAUCAAUGUGCAAAAGCCAAUCUGUGCAAAUAUAAAUUAUAUUGAAAAUAUGAGUUGUGAAGUCCUUGAAAGUGAGUCUAUAGGUUGAGGCAAAGGCAUUUAUCAUCCAUCGCUGAGUGAUCUUGGCAAUUUGGAGCUGAGUCACUUCCUUGAACUGCUGCAACCUGUAUGGUGAAGAUCUUCCCACCAGACUGCUGAGUAGGAAUGGUCCAAGAGGUAGAUCCAGUGACAAUGAAGGAACAGUGACAGACUUCCAAGGUCAAUGGAUUCAACAUGCUGAGUUGGAGUUCAUUCAGCAGCUGAGGAUGUCUGGGACAUCCGUCCCAAACCUCGCUCUCAGCAGAAUAAACUCGGGUCGCCCCCACCUCUGGUACUUUAUCCAGCCAAGGGCAUCAUGGGAAGCGUGAGCAGCCUCAUACCAGGUGGCAGCUUCCACGACAAACACUGUAGGGCGUUUGAGUCCAGGAGCAGGAAACCUUCCCACCUCCAGAAGUUUGUCCGGCAACAGGACGGGCUGCUGAAGUUCAGUGCCGGCCAUGAGCCUUUUGGCAAUCGGUCCAGGUGUGAGAAAGCUGAGGACUUCUUCUACAUCAGCAUUAGCCAAGGGAACAGACUGGCAACCGCAGGCAAGCGUAGGAACCGUGCUUCCAGCCUGUCACCUCCAAAAGACGUAAUGGAUAUCAAAGGACCUCCGCCUGUCCUGGUGCCCUUCUCUGGCCAGCUGGAGAAGGGCAGUGAAAUGAGUGUCGUCAGGCCAACGGCUUUUAAGGCUGUGGUACCUCGGAAUGGCACCAAUCUCAAUGGUCCCUUGGGUUCGCAGAUGAGUGUGAAGCUUACGUUCCAGGGAAAUGCUCUGAAACCAGGAAGCCACUCAGAAAAUCAGCAGGGUCAAGACCGGCAGCACACAAGCUGUUCGGGAACAUUGUCCGACUCAGGUAGAAAUUCCAUGUCCAGCCUGCCUACACACAGCACAGGAUGCAGCCAUGGGACCGAGCACACUGGAGCUCCCACCAGCCUGCGCAAGAAGUUCGGAGGCUCGGCUCAACACGUCGCGGGCACCUUGAGAAAUGGAAGCAGCACGUCUGCCUCUGAUGGGGGUCACUGCCCCGUCAGCCAAGACUCAAGUUCUUGCCUCCAUCGAUCGUGCUCCGUCAGCCGACCUGAAGCUCCGGAAUGUGAAGGGAAAUCCGCAGGGAAGCGAGGGGGAUCUCAGGGGCUCCAGCAAGCCCUGUGCAAGGGGAAGGCGGGCAGCGCCCCCACCGGCAAUGAAAAUCCGCAACACUGUGUGCAGGGGACGGGCAGCCCCGAGCGGAGGCUUGAUGCCAAUUCAAUUCAGGCCUCUGAGAAGAUGCAUGGAGACCAGCAGUUCCUCCAACUCCAAGUCAGCCAGCUCCAACAGGAGAAGCAGCAGUUGAAGGACAACUUUGCUCGACUUCUUCAGGAGUGCAACAGCCUCAAAGCCAAAUGCAAAACCUAUGAAAGAGAACAAAAUGAACUCGGUCCAAAGCUUGAAGAAAUUAAAUGGGAGGUCUGCCAGAAGUCUGGGGUGAUCUCCCUUCUGAAACAGCAGCUGAAGGACUCGCAGACGGAGCUGACGCACAAGACCAAUGAGGCCUUGACCUUCAGGAACCAGCUGAGGGAGGCCAAAGGAAAGCUGUCUUCUCGAGAGCUGCAGGUCGAGGAGCUGCAGAACUCAGUCCAGACCAAGGUGAGAGAAUUGGAGGUGUGCGAGAACGAGCUGCAGCGCAUGAAAAAUGCGGCCGACCUGCUGAGAGAGAAGGUCAGCCUGCUCCAGUGCAGGAUCCUCGAUUCCAAGCAGAACUCGUCGGGCUGGAAAGGACAAGGCUGUGGAGAUGAAAAUGACAUUUCUCCCAACUGCUCCCAGCUUGAACCGGCGUCAUCUCCGCAGCGGACUCAGCAAGCCUCCUUAACACUGCAGGGGCAAGUCAACAAGUUGAAAGCCCAGCUGGAGCACGAAAAGCAGAAGAACCAGGCGCUUAUGCUGGAUUUUCAAAAGGAGCGGCUGCUGUGGUGUGCGGAGAAGGAGAGGGUGAUUCAGUACCAGAAACAGCUUCAGCAGAGCUACCUUCACGUGCACCGUCAGAACCACAGUCUGGAGAGGACUGUCCGGCAGCUCUCAGUCCAGCUCGGACCCAGGGCUUCGGUGGAGAGAGUGGGACAAGUUGUCGAUGCUUUUGAGGAGAUCGCUGCCACUGUGAUAUAACAAAAGUAAAACUCACUUCAGUGAGAAAGACCCCACAUCAGCCAAUGAGUUCAAAGGUGGAGAAGUGGUGAGAGGGCUUGUGAAAACAGAAUUAAUUUACUCAGAAAACAAGGUCUAUUUAACCAGCUAAGGAGACAACCUACCACAGUCUUUUUCUUGAGAUCACUUGAGUUGGGCAUAAUGUCCUCCUAAGAAGUUGUCUAUUGGUAGGUCACAUGUAGCUGUAGAGGUUGAUACAGAAUCCACAUAUUCUGGUACAUAAUGGAGAAGAACCUGCUCACAACUUUGUUUAUCAUGGGGAGGCUGAUGUAUGGACACUACUACAUUGUCCUUGACUGAUCAGGGUCAGGGACAUUGGCAUGGAAGCAAGAAGACUGAGGACCCUUUACUGCUGCAGCCUUCCUCCGCCUUCGCUGCCAUUGUGAUAUGUCAUUAUCUUCUGCCAGCUCCAUCAUUGAGGUCUUAGUUGGCUUGCUCUUUGUCUGAAAUCUCCCCCUUGACCUUACCACCAUGUGUAACCCCAUCAGGAGCGAAGCACCAGACGGCCAAACUCCAGACGGCAUCUCAGGAACUCACAAGCCUUCCCACCACGACAAGGUGACGAUCCUUGGAGAAGGCUACCGUAGUACCUUUGAUUAAAACGGAAACUUCUCCAGGAAAAUAAAGGAUAGAUACUUGAAAAUUACCUAUGUGAAAAUCAGCCUUAAUCACUUAGAGUAAUGUUAUCACCAAGGCUAGCUGACAAAGAAAUUGCCCGAUCAUCUCCACUCUGAUUGGUUAAAGGGUUGUAGUUAUAUACGGGCAUCAGUGAAGCCCAGUGUUGAUAAUGGGGCUUGUUUGUGGCGAGGGGAGUGCAUUCUCGACAUUCUGAUGGCACUUUCGAACUACAAAUGAAUCAAAGUGCUUGGCAUUUUGCUUCCCCUGGAUUUAAGUUUCAAGUUGAUUGUUUGCCUUUUAAUCACAUUGCGCCGCUGUUGCUAAAUGUUUACUGGUACUGCUGUUAAGGUAAAAGCAGCACGAGUUGAGAAUUAUAACUGUUAAUGUUUACAUGCUUAUCUGCUUCAAGCAGAACUAAGCCACUUACACUACAAGCCCACCUGAUAAAGGUGGGGUUCAGGGAGAACAGAAACACAUUUGUAAGCACAUGGCAUUGUACCUCAUGCCAAAGAACAUUGCUUGCACUAGCAUGACCGUAGCACCAGUUGUUAAUAGUACUUUCAAAGGUUCUGUCUAGACAUGAGCCCACAGCGCAUUGAGUUUAGGUCUUCAGGGACCUGAAAGACUGCUGAGUGAAAGGAUUACUGAAAAGCAAAGGUAUUGAAAGCAAAAACAUCUGGAGCAGCUGGCUCAUUGAGAGCUGGUGCUGGGUGGAAGGAGUGGGGGAGAAUUUUUGUUUAAGUUUUAAUCAUUUAAUUGGCCUCAAUCCUUCUGUUAAUCUGACUGGCUAUCCCAUCCUGGCUGGUAUCAGCUACCUUCAGUUCAAACAUUAAAAUACCUCAGUACCUGCAGUGAUAAAAGAGCAGCUGGAAAUCAUAAACACAAGAGAUUUUGCAGAUGCUGGAAAUUCAGAGUAGCACAGACAAAAUGCUGGAGGAACUCAAUGGGUCAGGCAGCAUCUAUGGAGAGGAUUAGAGAGUCAACGCCUGCCUUCUGCGGAUAUGGUCACUGCUGAUACAAGUCCUGCAGUCGGCUAAAAGAAAAUCAUCUUUUGUUUCCAGGCUAAUUUAUCCCAAUAAAUAGAUUUCAUUUCAUGCUCUUAUUUAGAGAUUUAGCACUGAACAGCAAGAGAAAUCUAAUUGUUAGCACUAGCUGCAUCCAGAAGCCAGAAACAUCAUAAGGACAGGGCAGAAAUCCUCCAGACAAGCAAUAUGCUGCAUUUUAAUUUGAUCAUCACUUCUCUGCCCUCUGUCUACUCUUUAAUGAGCUUCUAAACAAAGAAUCUUUCAACUUCAAUUCCAUUUUGUGAGACUAGAAGCUGCUCCACUGUUCCACUGUCAUUUGUACGUGCAAAGACUUCCUGAUAUCAGCCUUUCACCAUUUGGGUUCCAGAAACAAUUCCCCUUUAUAUUUCCUAAUUUGGGGCGCUACCGUUGUGAAACGGUUGGCGUGACACUAUUAUAGCUCGGGGCGUUCAAGAGUUCAGAGUUCAAUUGCGUCACUAUAUGUAAGGAGGUUGUAUGUUCUCCCUGUGAUGUGUGGGUUUCCUCCCACAGGCCAAAGACAUACCAGUUAGUAGGUUAAUUGGUCAUUGUAAAUUGCCCUGUAAUUAGGCUAGUGGGCUGCUUGUUGGGUCAGAAGGGCCAGUUCAUGCUGUAUCGCUAAAUAAAAUAAAUAAUUAAGUUACCCUUUCACUUUCAAUACACAAAUAAACAAAGGUGACAAACUCACCUUACAAUUUAACUUUUAAUUAUCCAACUGGGUUUUCUGGCACUCUCUCCCAGGAUGGAAUGCACUUACCGGAGAUUUAAACUCAGACAAGGCCAAGCUGGCUCUUCUUAACACUGUAUGUUACAUGGGCACAUCAAUCGGCAGGUGUCUAUAGGAGCUUACUGCUUGUGCCCUUAUUCAUGGUAAUAAGGUGCCCAGCACUGAUGACACCCUGAUAAAGGGACAGCAUCCUGUCCUGUUUGCAGCGAAACAGAAAGAAGAUUAAACAACUUAGCUGCUUUGUUCAGUUUUUCAUUGAGAUGUCUUUUCUCACCACCACCUCCCACAAGAUUUUACAUUACUAACUCCUUAAUGUUCCAUCAAAGUGAGAGAAAAGGAAGGCAUCAGCAUUAGCUAAGCAGUACUUAACUAAUGAAGAUGAAGCCGCACCAAGGGAAGUUCUCCUCCAUGAUCCGUUAAUCAGAAAUGCAGAUGUAUCCCACUUCCUUGAGCACUGUGAUGUAAAAGGCAAUUUUUCCACAUCAGGCUCCUUCCUGAGUCCAGUCCCAUGUUACAAUGCAGUUACAUCAUGCAUUGGAAUGAUACCUCCCCUGGAGGUCACAUCCUCUGUUAACAAAGGCUAACAAUAGCAGAGAGCGCUGUGUAACUUUCCAAAUGACAGGUUCUCUAAGUGCAGGUGCUGUCCAUGUGUUGCUCCCGGCUUUCCCUGCAGCUAGGCACGCUGAAGCUUAUGUGCCCUCCCCAUCAAUCGGAGUGCAAUUGGCGCAACAGUUCCCCUUUCAAGGUUAUGUUACACUGCCAAGAGGGGUACAAGCUUUAUAAGCUCAAGGCAAUGAGCCCUAGCCCUUUAGGUAUCUGUAAGAGCUAUCAAUCCCACUUCCACUGAGCUGGUUUUAAUUACAGAGUUCACUGCAGACGUGCUGAAGAAGUGCUUUGGAGGCUUCUCCAGUUUAGCCUCCUCCUAUAAUGUUACUGAAGCAUGGAAUUCAGAAACAGUCUGUGGCCUAUCACAUGCUUCUCUAUUCCAACACCGACACAGCCUGAGGGCACCAACAAGUCUGUGAAGUCCAGCAUCAGUGAUCUGAUCCCUAAUCUUGUUGAGGCUGGAGGGCAAGUCACCUUCCACACUGGCAAUAGUCAGUGCAGUCAGCAGGCUCUCUGACCAACCCUGCCAAGGAAGGCAGAGGAACAGACUGGGUCUGUUACUUGCAGCUUGGAAGACCACAGCAGCACAUUGGUCUUUGAACACUGCACUGCCUGUUGUAUGUCUCGCAAUGAAGUCUGCCAUUCCAUGUUCAGAACACAAGGUGUAAUAAAUUAUAAUAACUGAGAAUGGAUGGGUGGUAGCCGUCCAGGAAUAUCUACUCCAGCGACCCAAGGACAAAGACCUUAAGACAUAGGAGCAGAAAUCUGCUCCGCCAUUUCAUCCCGGCUGAUCCAUUUUCCUUUCAUCCCCAAUCACCUGCCUCACGCCUCCCCCCACCCCCAUACCCCUUCAUGCCCUGACCAAUCAAGAAUAUCAACUUCUGCCUUAAAUAUACAUGAAGACUUGGCCUCCACAGCUGCCUGUGGCAAGGAGUUCCAUAGAUGCACCACUCUCUGGACAAACCUGUAGACUAUAGACCAUUAAGGUAUUGAAGGAUUACUACACUCUGAGAAAUGCUGCCUUUAGCUGAGAUGUUGAGCCAAGAUCCCUUCAUUCCUCUCAGGUGAAUGUAAAUCUCUAAGUACACUCAAGAAACAUGACACAUUUGGGGACAAAGCACAUCAUUCAAUAGGUAACUCAUUCACUACACUACGUAUUGGUUCUCUCCACCUCCAAUGCAUAGUGUACACAAUAUCUACAAAAUACAGUGCACUUACUCACCUUUGGUACUGGACGGCUCCUAAAUGUAUACCGCACACUACUGUAGGCAACAAGCACUUCUGAAACACCAGCAUAUUCCCUUCCAAGUCACACAGCCUUGUUGCUGGGUCUAAAUUUUAGAAAGUCUGUCCCAAAAGCUCCCUUGGUCCACUUCCACAAGGAGAUCAGAUCCCAAAAGAGUUGAAUCAGUAAAAAAGCUGCUGCAGUAUUUCACAGCAUCCUAUCCCAAUACUUACGAGUGACUGAAGGCAGGAGCUGUUAGCCUCGAGCACAGGCAAUAAAUAUUAUUGAUGAGGCUCAAUAUCUGCCAGUUGCUCUUAGCAGGAUCAGUAUUCAACCUCAGAAGUCAGUGUAAGAUUGGUGUGCUCCAUCCGUGAUCUGAAAGGAAAAUCCCCACCAAUAUUUUAUUUUGUGAGUCAAAGCUAAUGUGAGGAGUAAUUCCAAUAAAGAGGGAGGCAUACCUGGAGAAUCAGCACCAAGGUAUUCAAACCUAUUCUUGGCUCAUGCAACAUUACCUCCUUAUGGGAACGAAGUGGUCAGUGAAAAUUAUCCAGCUGCUUCUGUGGUGCCAAACUUUAAUGCUAAAUGGAUAUAGCAUUAUUGCAAAAUAAAUACCAGAUUUGCAAGUAUUAUGCUGUUAGCUUUGCAUUAGGCUUGACUAAAUAUAGUGGUAUGGUGGCGAAGUGGUUAGCACAAUGCUUUACAGUAUCGAUGACCUGGGUUCAAUUCCAGCAGCUGACUGAAAAGAAGAUUGUACUUUCUCCACGUGACCUCGUGGGCUUCCUCCGGGUGCUCUGGUUUCCCUCCACAGUCCAAAGGCAUACCUGUUAGAGGGUAAAUUGGUCAUUGUCAAUUGUUCUGUGAUUAGGUUAGGGUCAAAUAAGGGAUUGCUGGGCAGCGUGGCUCGAAGGGCCAGAAGGGCCUACUUCACACCGUAUCUCAAUAAAUAAAUAAAUAAAUAAAUAAGGCUGCUUUGGACCAUUAGUUAUAUCUUGAGCAGAGCUGCUCUAAGCCAAUUGAACCAGGAGACAGGAUGACUGGCCACUGAAAACAGGGCUUCAAUAUUGUACAAACCAGCCUGAGAAUUUUUAUUUAAUGUAUCUAUUCUUCUAGUUCUCUGAUUUAUUAAGGAAGUGAUUCAUGGCCAAAAGUACAUAGUCCACCAACACUAAGGAUCUAAUUGCUUCAGCUCGGUUCAUCAUUUUUGUUAUAAGGGAGAGCACCAGACACUGAAGCAUAAGACACUGGGAAUUGGCGGGUUAUAUUCAAAUUAAGGGAGAGAAAGCAAAAAAGUUGCACCUUCAUAGAAACUAUUCAUUCUUCAGUUGCAUUUUCUUUCCAACAAUGGUUAUGGGCUGAAUGCAGGUAAUGGGGAGAUGCUGUGGACAGCAUGGACUAGAUGAGCCAAAGAGCUUGUUUCCAUGCUCUAUUACUCUGACUUAACUAAUGUCAAGUUAGCCUGUGUACUUACUGUAUCGGUGUUAUUCCAUUGAACAACAUGUGGGUGGGUGUAAUAAAGUACUGGUGCUAGUACAAGGAACCUGCUCUUGAAAAACAGGUCAAGUUUUCUUCUUUGCUUCGAGUUUCUAUUGCCAUAAUCCCAAGGGAUGUGUUACAUGCUGCAACACUCAAUCAUACUCAGAGGACUGUUUAGGCGACAUAAGCUAAUGUUUGUUUUGGGAGGUAACUAUGCUUCCAACUGAAUUUGUUUCUGUUUUUUUUCUGUUGGAACUAUCUGAAAGCAUUCUGAAGUGCCAUACUGAAAGGCUGAUCCAAUGGCGUGAAAUCUUGGUGAUUCACAAUGUGUAAGAGUCUUUUAAAAUA